AUGGCGGGGCCAUCAGCUUUCCGCUGGUCGGGCUCGUUCAAAGUCCUCCCCAAAGAAGCUACGUCGGCCAAGAACCUUUCUGGAGAUAAAAUCAUCCUACCGCAGUCCGCGCUAGAACAGCUCCUGGCAGCAGCGCCGUCUCAAUCUGUGCCAGCAUCUGGCGUCGCAGCUCAGGAUCCUUUCAGCCAGUACAGGCCCAAUCGCUUCGGGUUCGGAGAGCGCCAGCAGUUGCCACACCCGUUGACGUUCAAAUUAGUCAAUCCCCAAAACCACAACGUAAUUUUUGCCGGCAUCCGGGAGUUCUCUGCUGAAGAGGGGACGGUCGGCUUGAGCCCCUUCCUCUUUGAAGCCCUGGGCAUAGAAUACGAUCAAAGAGCCCCUCGGGACGGAAGUGAAACGCGCGACACCCAUGAUGCAGACUCUCAAACUGCCGUAUCGUCUGCGAUGAUAGAGCCAAAUCAAGUAACGGUCCAUGCGUUGCUCGUUCCCAAAGGGUGCUAUGUUCGGCUUAGGCCCCUGGAAGCAGGCUACGAAGGUGACUGGAAAUCCUUGUUAGAACGUCAUCUCCGGGAAUAUUUCACAUGCCUCACCAAGAAUUCCAUGCUCUCGAUCCGUGGUGCCAGGGCCGAGACCUUCAAGUUUCUCGUCGACAAGGUGCUGCCCGAGGGUAAUGGCAUCUGCGUCGUUGACACCGACUUGGAGGUGGAUAUUGAAGCUCUUAACGAGGAACAGGCCAGAGAGACAAUCCGACGGCAGAUGAUGGCGCAAGAAGUAAACGAACUGUCUGGAGCAAUAUCCAAGGGCGGCAACCUGGACAUUUGGAAGGACGUGGCAGGUAAAGUGCAACCUGGUGGCUACGUCGAUUAUACACUACCUUCCUGGGACCGCUCGCAAAGCCUCAUCAUCACCCUGAGUGGUAUAGCACAGGAAGAUGGUCUCGAUGUCUUUGUCACACCAAGAUCUUCGAGACAAAGAGCGCUACCUAGGGACACGACGCAUGUUUUUGGAAAUUUUUACGCCGCAGAGCAUGGGACUAAAGCGAUAGCCAUAUCGAGCACAAACGUGGAGAUGGAUGGGGCCGAGUCAAUUCUCAUUUCUGUACAUGCUCCCCGCAUCUCGCAGGAGCAAAGGGAGAGCGAACCACUUACCUUCACCAUUCGAGCCAAGCUCGGGUCACAGGUGGCCAAAUCACAACUGGACGCGAUACAUCACGACUCGAAUGAAGAGCAAUGCGGGAAUUGCCACCAGUGGAUCCCCAAAACUACAAUGGUUUUGCACGAAAACUUCUGCCGAAGAAACAACACCUCUUGCCCCCGUUGCCGAGCCGUCUUCAAAAGGAACUCUGACGAGUGGAACUCUCACUGGCACUGUGAUUACGAUUCAGCCAAGGGCAAUUCAUUGUUUGGUAAGACCAAACACGACAUUGUCUUUCACAAGAUGCGACAAUGCCAGGACUGCGAGUUUUCGACCAACUCGUUGGUGGAUUUAGCGAGACACCGGACUUCUGACUGCCCGGCGAAACUGAUCCUAUGCCGAUUCUGCAAUCUGGAGGUUCCCCAGGAAGGAGAUCCAUCGAACCCCUCCCCCGAAGCCAUACUGACUGGCCUUACGGCUCACGAGUUGGCCGAUGGCGGUCGUACCUCCGAGUGUCAUUUGUGCGACAAGAUUGUUCGACUUCGGGACAUGGAAACGCACAUGAAACACCACGAGCUUGACAAGGUUAGCAGAGAGAAACCAGCCAUAUGCCGCAAUGCCAACUGUGGCAGGACAAUACAUGGCGUCGGGCCAAGGGGGCAAGUCGGCGCAGGCGCAGGCGCAGCACAAGGUCAAGACCCGGGCAAUCAUGUUGGACUCUGCGCGAUAUGUUUCGGUCCACUGUACGUGAGCAUGCACGACCCGGAGGACAGAGCUCUCAAACGAAGGAUUGAGAGGAAAUACCUGGGGCAAAUGAUGACUGGGUGCGGAAAACGCCAUUGCCGAAAUGAAUGGUGCAAGACCGGCCGGGCCCACGGGGGUCUCGAGGCCAAGGGUUGCUCGGCCUCUGCCAUUUUACCGUUGGUGAAACCACUGGUAGCCAUGGUGUCCGACUCGAGGGGCAAGAUGUACUUCUGCGUCGACGAGUCGAGUCAAGAACGACGCAAACUCGCAGAGUCUCUGGCCACGGAAAAGGUAUGGGACCUGGAGUGGUGCGUUGCAGCGGCAGAGGCUGAGAAGGGCGACUUGGAAAGGAUGAGGAAUUGGCUGCAGGCAUGGGCGCCGCGCCAUAGACGCAGUUGA